GGUCCAGGUCUGUCCACCACUCUCGAGUGGUGCACAGACCAUGUAGAUGCUUGGCUAGACCAGCACAGAAAUGAAUGGUUUGUAGGGACAUGGGAUCUGCAGCGUAAAGGGGCUGGAGCCCUUCACUCCAUCCUUCCUCUGGACGGGCAGCCAGGUCUCUAGGGUGAUCCAGAGGCAUGGCCAACCAGAACGUCUCCCAGCCCAGCCUGUGUGAUCCUUUCUGGACUCAGCACCUGACAGGACUUUAUGUUGCCGUGUUCAUGGGUGGGGUGACUGGCAUCUUCUGCAUCUUGUUUAUACUGGUGAAAAUGAACUCGCGGUCCGUGACCACCACGGGGGUCAUCAACCUGGUGGUGGUGCACAGUGUGUUCCUGCUGACGGUUCCUUUCCGUCUCGUCUACCUGGUCAGGCAUAAGUGGUACUUUGGGUUGCCCUUUUGCAAGGUGGUGAGCGCCAUGCUGCACAUACACAUGUACCUCACUUUCCUGUUCUACGUGGGCAUCCUGGUCGUCAGGUACCUCAUCUUCUUCAAGCGCAGGGACAAGGUGGAGUUCUACCGCAAGCUUCACGCCGUGGCCGCCAGCACCGCCACGUGGGUGCUGGUGAUAGUCACCAUCGUGCCUCCGCUGCUGACCCAGUACGGCUCCCGUGGGGAGUACAACGACACCAGGUGCUUUGAGUUCCAGGAAGAGCUGAAGGAGAAGUACGUGAAGGUCCUCAACUACGCGGCGGCCGUCGUGGUCAUCGCCAUCACCCUUGCCCUCCUGGCCUUCCAGGUCUUCAUCGUGGUGUCCACGGGGAAGAAGCUGGCCCGCGCCCGGCUGGCCCACCAGGAGUUCUGGGCCCAGCUGAAGAACCUCGUCUUCAUCGGGGUCAUCUUCACCUGCUUCCUUCCCUACCAAUUCUUCAGGCUGUACUACCUCCAAGAGCACACGCCCAAGGGCCCGUGCCACCCCAACGUGUACUACAACGAGAUGUUCUUGAGCGUGACUGCCGUCAGCUGCUUCGACUUGCUGCUCUUUGGCCUGGGAGGGAGCCGCUGGCUGAAGCAGAGCGUCUCCGAUCUCCCUAGCUGCCUCUCGUGCUGUCCAUGCAGAGCCAAGAUCUGACUGCCCGCAGGUGCUGCCAGCAGGCUUCAGACCUUCCGGGGGCCCAGGGAGAGCAAGCGUUAAA